CUCCUUCUCGUCCAUGAGGCUGAUUUGGCUCCAGAUAUAAACACAGAGCUCCUCUCUGUCCCCGUUGCGCUGCUCAGUCUCCCCACAACUAGCAGGCAGCUUGCUCCAAGAGGCCGAAAAACAAAAAAAAAAGCAGGAGGCGACGAUCUCUGGCACAUUCCCCAGGAUGGAGAAGGAUUCUCCAUCCAAGCCAUCUGUGGCUGAGCUGGCUGGAAGGUUCAAAGGUCAUAUUCUACCAAUGCCCACCUCAAAUGACGAGUUGCCAUUUCGAAGAAGACCUCCAUGUUCCCUAAAGUUGCAAAAUCAAAAAGAUGAUAAUGAAGAAUCGGAUAAAACUAUUGUCUCCCCAAAUCCCUUUAAAAUCAAGAUGAAGAACUCCCCCAUCAUUGAGAAACUUCAGGCCAAUCUUGCUCUGUCACCCACUGCUCUGCUGCCUUCACCCAAGAGUCCUGAGGUGAAGCUCCAGCCGGCACCGUCGUCCCCAACAACACCCCGCAGCCCGCUGAGCCCCACCCUGCAGCUUUCACAUCUGUCCAGUGAAGAGGAGGAUACAGUCAGCUUCGACAGCCCUGCUGAAGGCACCCCGCUGCCGAGCAUCAACAAGACUCGUGCACGGCUAUCAUUCAAGAGACGCCCGCCCACUAGACAGCACAGGAGGUCAGCUGGAGAGGAGGCGGGAGCCUUCGGGAGUGCUCUGUGCCCAUGUGAACUGUACAGCCCAAAAGAAAAUGGGGACAAUGACCAGGUUUUCGACAGCCCAGCAGAGGAAGCCGAGUACGGACAGCUGGCCAGUCUGAAAGAAGCUGAAGAGAAGGACAGGGACUGUGAAAAAACAGAGGAUGAGGUGGCAAAGAGUGACCCAUACAACAAGGGAGAACCAGAGGAGGAGCAGGGAGCAGAACAAGCCCAGAGCUCGAAGACUUUCGAGGAGGAACAGCAGCCUUCAGAGCCUUGCCCUGCCAAGCAGAUAGAGUGCGAUGUUAAGACAGACAGAAGGCAGGAGGAGAUGCCUCAGGAGAAACACCAAGGAGGAAAUGACGGGGUGUGAGCUGUGAAUGUUUAUGUAAGAAAAUAUAUAUAUAUAUAUGAAUAAGUUAUUCAGUGCUUUGAUUAAGAGAACUCUUUGAAAAAUACUCCUCAGAAAAGUUCAUCUGUUUUAAAUGUCUUGGUACCUGCUCUGUUUUUAAGUCCCUCUGUCGCCCUCUCCUGGCUGUCUAUAGAACAGGUCUUCACAUAUAUGUUAGCAGAUAUAUAAAAAGUUCUGACAGCUUACCAAAUCGCUAUCACUUUAGGUUGAAAUUAUGUAAUUUGCUUAUCUAGUUUUCUUUUGAUGUAUGUUGGUCUACUUGUCUUUUAUUUUGUAUGCUACAAAAUAUCUAAAUCACAGAGCUACUGUGGAGUGGCUCGGGUCCUCAGCAAUUAUCCACAGAAAUGUUAAGAAAAUAAACAGACUCCUUCUUAUAUAAGAAAAAAAUUGACGUUACAUGUGUUUGGUCAAAUGUUUGGGUUUAAAUAAUCAAUAUGAGUCAGUACUGAUGAGCAUCUUAAUUCUGGUAGGCCUGUCAGUAAAUACUUCCUGCUGAGUGUCAUCUCCUAAGAAGAUUGUUUGCAAUCAAGGACAAUACUUAAUGUACUGAAGAGUCUUCAGUCAGAUGAGACCAAAAAAGUUAGGUUUUAUAGUUAGAGGUUGUCGAUGAUGAUAAGCAAAGCCCCGGCUAUUUUACUGUUCAUCACUUGUGGCAUUUUUUGUGUUAAACCCAGAUCAUAGCUGCAAUGUGUUUUAAACAGAAUGGUCGGAGUGAAGCGCUGCCAUAACAGAUAUCAGAGCCCCUUCCUCCCCCAUGUAGUCUCUUUGCUCAGCCCCUGUCACUGGAGCAUCUGCUGGUUGAGUUUACAGUGACCAGGUUUCAUGUCCUGACAGUCAGGCCACUAAAAAGAAGCAAAAAAAGCUUUAAAAAGUGUUCAUUCAAAUUGGUAACUUCACCAUAGAACUGCACUUGGCAUCGCAGUAUGUGUGUGAGCGCAUUGUGUGUCUACAUGAACGUGCAGACUGAUUAUAAAACAUAAACACUGUGUAAGAAAGUGAGUUCUGGACAUUAAAAUGUCUCACAAAGUAAUUAUGAUAAUGAUGAUACAGAAGUGUUAAAGUCCCUGCCGGCCACAGUUCUCCUGUGUGGUCAACCUGCAAACCAAAUUUUUUUUUUUACACUUAACUGUGUUUGAGGUAGUAAUAAUAAUAACUUUAAUAACUUUAAUAAUUUUAAAAAAUACAUUAAAGACCUAUCUUUUUAACUUGGCUUUUAAUUUGGAUUGAUGUUGCUGGUAUCAUUUAUCAAACUGUUUAUUUAUUUUCUUCUUUCUAUUGCCUUUGUUGUUUAUUAUUGAUAUGUCUUGUGAAGCACUUUGGCCUGCAUCUUUGCAUGAGAUAUGCUAUACAAAUAAAGUUAUUAUUAUUAUCAUUAUUAUUAUUAUUAUUGUCAAUUACGCCCCAAAGCUAUGGAACAUCACUACCUAUUAUCAGGGAAGCCAGCUCGCUAAAUAUUUUUAAAAAGCAAGCUAAAAACAUAUCUCUUCCCUUUAGCCUUUUAAUUAGUGGUGACUUUCCUGAUACAAACCAGAAACUCUGCACUAAAAGAAGUGCAGCCGUUUAAUGCACUGCUGCACUUCUUUUAAAAUGCUUUAUUUUAUGUGAUUGUAUGCGUUCUAUGCAAUCUAUUUUUUAAAUUAAAUUUUUUGUUAUUAUUUGUGGGUUUUAUUUUCCAUCUUAUGUUAUGCAUUCUAUGUAUUCUAUUUUUAUCUUUAUUUUAAUUUUAUUUUUACUAUUAUUAUCAAGAGGGUUUAAUUUUCCAUCUUAUUUUAGAGUAAUUAUGGCAUUCUGUCCCUGUUUUUAUGUUCAUUCUGUCUGUCAUGUGAAGCACUCGGUGCGUGUAAUUUUCUUUGUUGUAAAGCACUUUGAGAUGCAUUUCUUGUAUGAAAUGUGCUAUACAAAUAAAGUUUAUUAUUAAAGUUUA